AUGUUGUCGCGAGCCUGCCUUCGAGGCUUCGGCCUCCAGUCGCUGCCGAAGAGACAAGCAUACCAGCUUGCCCGCCGGUCGGUGACCACGGAUGCUGCAAGCUCCCACGCCGAGAAAGAGGAUGUGCCAGAUCACGAUGAGGAGCCCUUCCCAGUCAAGCUCCAUGACGAGAGCUUUGAAACCUAUAUGCUCGACCCUCCCCCAUACACCCUCAACACGACCAAGAAGGAGAUGAAGCAGAUGUACAUUGACAUGGUCCAGACUCGACGUAUGGAGAUGGCCGCAGACAGGCUGUACAAGGAGAAAAAGAUCCGAGGUUUCCUGCAUCUGGCGACCGGUCAGGAAGCUGUUUCCACCGGCAUCGAACACGCCAUCACGAAGGCCGACGCCAUCAUCACCGCUUACCGAUGUCACGGCUUUGCCCUUAUGCGCGGCGGUACGGUUAAAUCGAUCAUCGGUGAAUUGCUCGGUCAUCGAGAGGGUAUUGCUCAUGGAAAAGGAGGCUCUAUGCAUAUGUUCGCACCCAACUUCUACGGAGGCAACGGUAUCGUCGGCGCACAGGUGCCCGUCGGUACCGGUAUUGCCUUUGCCCAUAAAUACACCGGCAGCAAGACAGCAACCAUCACUUUGUACGGUGAUGGCGCUUCCAACCAAGGCCAGGUCUUUGAGUCUUUCAACAUGGCCAAGUUGUGGAACCUGCCCGUCUUGUUCGGAUGCGAGAACAACAAGUAUGGUAUGGGGACAUCGGCUGCUCGAUCGUCGGCCUUGACGGAGUACUACAAGCGUGGACAAUACAUUCCUGGUCUGAAGGUCAAUGGCAUGGACGUGCUCGCCGUGAAGGCGGCGGUGCAGUAUGGCAAGCAGUACACGGCAGACGACAAGGGUCCCUUAGUGAUUGAAUAUGUCACCUACAGAUACGGUGGUCACUCCAUGUCGGACCCCGGCACGACCUACCGAACCCGUGAGGAAAUCCAGAGAAUGCGAUCUACCAACGAUCCGAUUGCUGGUCUCAAGUCGAAGAUUCUGGACUGGGGUGUCUGCACCGAGGAUGAACUCAAGGCAAUUGACAAGAAAGCUCGUGAAGAUGUCGAUGCCGAAGUGGCAGAGGCUGAGAAGAUGGCCCCGCCUGAACCCACGCCCAAGAUCCUCUAUGAAGAUGUCUACAUCCGAGGCAGUGAGCCGCCGUUCCUGCGUGGCCGCACGCCUGAUGAGACAUACUACUAUCAGUGA